AUGGCUCCCAGCACAGUUCUAACACUCUUUGCCAGUGUGCUGGUGGCUUGGCUUGAGGCUGCUAAACUCAUUGUGGGCUUUCAGCCUUCCUGGAAUAUCUCCCAUCCAUUCAGUGUGCAAAGGCUGGGUGCAGGUCUCCAGAUUGCCAUGGUCAAGAUCAACUUAGAGUCAGCGGACCUCAGAAAUUUUAGCUGUGAGUUCACUUACACCAUCUCAACCUGCAGUGCCAAGGAGGCUCUUGCUAUUUUCAUUAGCCAGGUCCAGAGAGAAGAGAUUUCUGCCCUGUUUGGACCAGCAUGCCCAGAAGCAGCAGAGGUUAUUGGUUUGCUGGCCUCUGAGUGGAAUACCCCCAACUUUGACUUUGCUGGACAAACAGCAAAACUGUAGAAUGACUCCUUAUAUGACACCUAUGUGAGACUUGUGCCACUUGUGUGUGAGAUUGGUGAUGUGCUCCAGAAAAGUCUCCAGUACCUGGGCUGGAAACACAUCAGGAUGUUUGGGGGUCCCUUUGGGACUUCCUCCUGGGAUAGAGGGUGGAGGAUUGUAGAGAACGAACUCAAAGCCCAUUUCACCAUCACUGCCCAGGUCAAAUACACCAACUAUCCAGCCCUACUGCAAGAGAAUGUUAGGACCGUGUCAGCAACUGCCAGAGCACGUGCAUGUGUGCACAGGGUCAUGUGUGCUUGGCUGACUGUUUUUUUUCUUAUAGCAAUCAUCCUAAUCUGCAGCUCAGAGGAUGCAGACAUUAUUCUGGUAGCUGCGGACAACCUGGGCCUCCAAGCGGGAGGGUUUGUUUUCAUUGUUCUGCAGCAGUGGCAGGACAGUUUCUGGAAGAAGGUGCUAAUAAAUCAGAAGGGGACGCACUUCCUCACCGUCUGUGAGCCUGUUCUUCUCAUGCCCCUUAGCUCUUAUGGAGAAGGUCCUGGAGAUGAAGGCUUCCGACAAGAAGUCCACCAAAGGCUGAGGGGGCCACCCUUCCACAGCUCUGUGUCUGCAGAGGAGCAGGUCUGAGUGAGCCCUCACUCUGCCUAUCUUCACGACUCAGCCCUGCUCUAAGCUCACACAGUGAAGUUCAUGAUGAAGGCCUGAAAAGAUUUCCGGGAUGGGUGGCAGCUGGUCAGCACUCUGACAGGUUUUAAUUGGACCAUGUUGGGAAUCACGGGCCCAGUGUUUGUGGACUCCCAGGGAGAAAGGCGUAUGGAUUACUCUGUCUAUGCCCUACAGAAAUCCAGAAAUGGGUCACUCUUUCUUCCUGUUCUUCACUAUGACAGCUGCCAGAAAGUAAUCAGACACAGCUGUGGAUUUGACAAUGAGCUCUGUGAAAGUGAGCUCUCUUUUACAGGUCAGUGUGGGCACCUGGAGCAGACAGCAGGUGUGACACCUGUGAUUCUCACGAUGACCUUCCUGAUUAGUGUCUUGGGAACUGCCAUCAUAGGUCUGAUUUUAAGGAUGCAGAAAGGAACAUUGCAGAGGCCAAAUAGAGACAUUUGGUGGCAGAUCAAUUAUGAUGACAUCACCAUUCUGCCCCAGAACAAGGGAAACCAUGUGGCCAUCUGCUAUGUUGGUGACCGAGCAGAAGCCUGGAUCAGGAAGCCACCUGUGCUGCAGGAAAUCUGCCUUGUGUAUGAAUUGAGGCAUGAAAACAUUGUUUCCUUCUUUGGUGUUUGCACAGAAGCACCCAACAUCUGCAUGGUCACUCAGUAUUGCAAAAAAGGAAGAGUGAAGGAUGUUUUGAGAACUUCUGGUGCAGAAGUGGAUUGGAUAUUCAACUCAUUUGCAUAUGACGUACUCAAUGGCUUGCUGUUCCUUCAUAGGAGCCCACUGAGGUUCCAUGGAAACCGGAAGCCUUCCGGCUGCCUGGUGGACAGUCGGAUGUGGGUGAAGCUGUCUGGGUUUGGGCUGUGGGAGCUCAAGGAUGGCCAGACAUACAGAACGUAUGAGAAAACAAUGGCCCACUCCAAGGUCUAUUGGACAGCCCCAGCGCUGUUGUGGCUCCCAGAGGCGCCCGGUCGGGCACCUCCAAGGGAGAUGCACAGCUUUGCUGUUCUGAUGAGGGAGCUGAUGCACCAGCAUGACCAUGGGCCUUUCCAUGAUCGCGACGAGACACCGGACAAACUCAUCCAUCGAAUCAGAGACCCCACAGGCUCAGUCCUGCCUCGACUUUUCCUGUCGGAGGAGAAGGGCAAUGAAAAGGUCGUGGCCCUGGGGAGGGCGCACUGGGGUGAGUCUCCAGAGAAGAGGCCUCCACUCUGUUCCAUCAAGAAAAUGCUAUGAGAAGCCAGCCCUGAAGUCCACGUGGGCAUGCUAGACAGCAUGGUGAACAACCUGCAAGUGUAUACCAAUCACCUGGAGGAGGUGGUGGAAGAGAGGACCAACCAGCUGAUGGCAGAGAAGGGGAACGUGGAUAAGCUCCUGUCCACAAUCCUGCCCAGCUUCACUGGAGCGCAGCUGAAAGCUGGAAGAGCCGUGGAACCUGAACAUUUUCAGUCUGUGACUGUCUUGUUCUCUGACAUUGUAGGGUUCACAAAACUGUGCUCUCAGCUCUGCUCCCCCUCCCCCCUGAAAGUUGUAAAGCUCUUCAACAACCUCUAGAGUUUAUUCGAUCACAUCAUUAAAAAUCACAAUGUGUAUAAGGUUGAAACCACUGGAGAUGCGUACAUGGUGGCUAGUGGACUUCCCAUCCGCAAUGAUGUGGACGAGAUCGCUCCAAUGUCCUUGCACUUCCUUAGCGCCACCAUCCACUUCCAGGUUGGACACAUGCCUCAGGAGAAGCUCAAGCUCCGGACUGGCCUCCACACAGGUCCUGUGGUGGCUGGCGUGGUGGGCGUCACGAUGCCCAGGUACUGCCUGUUUGGAGACACCGUGAACGUGGUCCGGAUGGAGAGCGGCAGUUUGCCUCUCUGGAUUCACGUCACUCAGAGCACCACAGAUGGGCUGCUGGCCGUGGGCGGGUACAACCUGCAAAAGAGAGGCACCACUGCAGUCAAGGGCCAAGGAGAGCAAACAACUUUCUGGUUGAAAGGCAAAGGAGGCUUCACUUUUCCACUUCCUGAAUUUACUGAAGAAGACGCUGAAGUCCCAGAGAUCUUCUGA